CCUGCUCUGUCUUGCCCCCCAGCCAUGGCACAAUCAGGGUCUACAGGUCUUAAGAAGGUUUUUCUCUCCUCAACCUCCGUAGACUCAAAAACUGGUUUGAUACCUUUUCUUCGCUUUCUUUUGCGCCUUUCUUCGCCCUCACGUGUGAUUCGAUCGGGCCUGGCGGGUCAAUUUCCUAAUUGGGAAAUUUUAUAGGGCUAUCUGCUCCUGCUAGGUAUCUAGCUGAUAAAUCGCGGUUUGGGUAGGUCGAUUUUAGCUAUCAUGCAGGUGCUUUGUUAGACUGUCCUACUAACAUGGAUUCCAUGUUAGUGUCACACUCUGACUUUCCACGGGUUAUUCACCCUCUCCAUCAAGGUCCCUUGACCCUGGUUGUGUGGUCAGCUGAGGGAACUUGAGUUCGCGGGGUGCAUCAUCUGCUAUUGAACCCCGUCGAGGCUAGUCCGAGAAAGUGUACUUAUAAUUGCACAUCAUGGCAGUUCACGACAUCGAGAAAGAUGCCUAUCGGGCUCCUCAAGGGGAUGCCGGUCUCAAGGCUCCGGGGUUGGUAACAGAUCCCCUCGACAGUAACUCGCAAUACAUCAAUGCGGAUAAACUCGCCCGCAAGCUUUCUGCACGUCAGGUUCAGAUGAUUGCUAUUGGUGGCACCAUCGGGACUGGUUUAUUCUUGGGGACAGGCAAAGCCUUGGCUACUGGUGGUCCGGCCUCGAUGCUCAUCGCAUACGCCAUUUGCGGUGGCAUUGUCUUUGUGACCAUGCUGUCUCUUGGUGAAAUGGCUGCUUUCAUCCCGGUGGCAGGAUCUUUUUGCACUUUUGCUGGUCGGUUCGUCGAUGAUGCGUUAGGGUUCGCCCUUACUUGGAACUAUUGGUUUAAUGAUGCGGUUUCUACGGCCUCUGAUGUCAUCGCUCUACAGCUACUACUGCAGUAUUGGACGGAUAACUUUCCUGGAUGGGCGAUCAGUUUGAUCUUCCUGGUUGUCGUUAUUGCGCUAAAUAUGUUGUCCGUCAGGGUUUACGGAGAGGUUGAGUAUUGGCUCAGUUUACUCAAGGUCAUUACCAUCAUAAUCUUCAUUAUUCUCGGAAUUGUAGUCAACUGCGGGGGGAACACUGACCACACGUACAUUGGGGAUAAAUAUUUCUAUGUCGAUGAUGCUCCCUUUGUUGGCGGUAUUGGUGGUUUUGCGUCUGUCUUCGUUACGGCUUCGUUCGCCUUUGGUGGUACCGAGUCUAUUGCAGUCACAGCGGGUGAAACUAAGGACCCAGCAAAGAACAUGCCCAAGGUAGUCCGCAACGUCUUCUGGCGUAUUAUCUUAUUCUACAUCGUAUCUAUCAUUCUCGUCGGCCUCAAUGUGCCAUACAACUACCCUGGAUUGUCGGAUGGGAAGACGGCCACUAGUCCAUUCACCAUAGUCUUCCAACAGGCUGGUAGUGCUGUCGCAGGCAGCUUCAUCAACGCCGUUCUUAUGACUAGCGUUAUCUCCGCAGCGAACCAUGCCUUGUUUGCCGGAUCUAGGCUGCUUUAUUCCCUGGCGGUUGACGGAUACGCACCUCGCUUUUUUGGCCAUCUAAACCGCUUCCAAAUUCCCUGGGUCGCUGUUCUAGCGACGUCCGUGAUUAGUGGAUUAUGCUUCGGUGCCAGCUACAUCGGAGCGGGCCAGUUGUGGUCUUGGUUACAAAACAUCGUCGGAGUAUCCAACCAGCUUUCAUGGGUCUGCAUUGGCAUCGCAUCUCUCCGUUUCCGAUCUGCUAUUCGCGCACAAGGUCUCGAACAUCUCCUUCCUUACAAGAACUGGACAUACCCAGUCGGCCCUAUCAUCGCCAUCUGCCUCAACAGCGUCCUCAUCCUCGUGCAGGGCUGGAAAUGUUUCAGCCCACACUUCAAGGGCGUCGAUUUCGUUUCCUUCUACAUCGAAAUCCCCGUCAUGAUCGUGAUGUUCCUCAGUUGGAAACUGAUCAAACGGACACGCUUCGUUCAUCGGGGCGAGAUGGACCUUAUUACUGAUCGGUAUAAUCUCGUCCAUAGCAACGGGGUCGACGUCACCGAUGCGCCUGAGGGAUCUGCAAAUAUCUACGCCGAAAAUGCGUCUGGAACGGAGCCGUCCCGCGGAAAGAAAUUCUUUUCCUCGUGGAAAACUAAGGAUAAGAGCUUCCUGGGAAGGAUUAAACAAGUGAGCAUGUGGAUUUUCAUGUAAUAUCUUCUUUGUAAUUCUUUUUCCUGCGGGGAGCGAAGACAAUAAUUGUGUUUUACGAUUAACGAGGUAUAUGUAACAAUUUCUACUCUAUUUGUUCAUUUUGCAAAUGAAAGAGACAGUGUCUUUUCUACGUCUAGCCUACGAUACUGUGAAUCAGGUCUGCGUGGAAACAACGGUCACUAUUAAUAUCAAUUAGUGUAUUUUAGUCGCAGAGGCUAAUAUGCUUAAACUAUC